AGCUCUGCAAACAGGCAACUCAAAAUGGCAGCCUCCAUGAUCACACGAAUUUCCUGCAAGUGUCCUAACAUUUUACAAAUAAUUGCAAGUAGAACGGCAUUUCCUGUCCAAACGCAUGUACGUCACCAUGCCCGGUGGUUGAGACCAUUCCUUUUUGCAUUGAAUGGGCAGUUGAAGUAUCUCAAGAUGAAGUAUGGUGAAGAUCCUGCCAAACCUAGAUCUCAUCAAGAUAACUGGGACUAUAACAGUGAGAUCUAUGCUUUCUGUCAGCGCUUUGGGGAGGAGUUCAAUAGUGAGACUGUUAGAACGGCAUUUACUCAUAAAAGUUAUGUGGAGAAGGAAGAGAAGAAUAGAAGAGAAAUGGGACUGUUAGAUCAAGAUGCAAAGCUACAGCUUGAUGAUAAUACACAACUUGCAAAUGCAGGAUAUCAGUUUUCAUCAGAUUACAUAGCAGGAUUCCUCAGACAAGCUCUCCCUAAAGUACCUAAACAAGGCCAUAGGGCAAUCAAUCAGUAUCUUAUGAGCAGAGAAGUGCUGUCAUAUGUUGCCUCUAACCUUGGUUUGCGUGAUCUUAUAUUAUGUGCUGAUUUUCCCGUCCCAUCAGAAGUAAUGGAAUCUACCUUCAUGGCAAUCAUUGGUGGCCUCCUUGAAGAUCAGGGCAUGGACAGGGCUGGUCUAUUUGUACGUGAUUUCAUCAUUACUCAGUUAAUGGACAAGAACCUAUGUGAUGUCUGGCACAUAGAUAACCCAGUGAGUCUCCUGGCCCAAGUCUUAGCAGAUCAACAGAGAGAAGAACCAGAAGCAAGAUUGUUACGUGAAGCAGGAAAGAACACAUUCACUCCUCUAUAUAUGGUUGGAAUGUACAGUGAAAAGAAACUUCUUGGAUGGGCACCUGGUGAGUCCAUCACUGUAGCAGAAGAUGAAGCUGCUCGGGUUGCUCUCAGGAACCUCUUUGACAUCCCAGAGAAUAGACCACCCCUCCCUUUAGGCAACAGCAUUAGAGAACGGAUGUUACAUCAAAGCAUUGUCAAAGAGAUGGAGCAAGGGGAGAGACACCAGAGUCAGAUUGCAGCCAGCUGAUAACAAAA